ACGCCGGCGAAGCAGAUCUCUUCCGCUCUCGCUCCACCCAGAGUGCCCAUGGAAUUGCACGCUGGCAACCGCGAGCGACUCGUCGCUGCGCUCCGUGCCCAUCUCUCCGCCUCCACCCGCCCUCUCCGUGGCCUUGUCCUCCUCCAGGGCGGCGAGGAGCGGACUCGUGACUCUACCGAUCACGUCGAGCUUUUCAGGCAGGAGAGCUACUUUGCCUAUCUCUUCGGCGUGCGAGAGCCCGGCUUCUAUGGCGCAGUCGACAUCGCCUCCGGACAGUCCAUCCUAUUCGCUCCAAGGCUGCCACCUGCCUACGCUGUCUGGAUGGGUGAAAUAAAGCCAUCGUCUUAUUUCAAGGAUAUGUACAAGGUUGACAAGGUCUUCUAUAUUGAUGAGCUUGCACAGGUCUUGCAAAAUCAGUUCAGUGAUGAGCAUGGGAAGCCUCUUCUUUUCCUCUUACAUGGAAAGAGCACCGACAGUGGAAACUACUCGAAACCUGCUAGCUUUGAAGGCAUGGACAAGUACUUUGACACCGACUCGAGCACGCUUCAUCCUAUCAUAACUGAAUGCCGUGUUAUAAAGUCUGACAUGGAGCUUGCCGUCCUUCAGUACGCUAAUGAUGUUAGCUCGGAAGCACACAUUGAGGUUAUGAGACAAGCAAAACCAGGAAUGAAGGAAUUUCAAUUAGAAAGCAUCUUUCUUCAUCACGCUUACAUGUACGGAGCCUGCCGACAUUGCUCCUACACUUGUAUAUGUGCUACCGGAGAGAACAGUUCUGUACUGCAUUAUGGGCAUGCUGCAGCUCCAAAUGACCGGACACUAGUGGACGGAGACAUGGCUCUGAUGGACAUGGGAGCUGAAUACCAUUUCUAUGGCUCCGACAUCACAUGUUCAUACCCUAUAAAUGGGAGAUUUAACAGACACCAGACGGUAGUAUACAACGCUGUCCUUGAGGCUCAUAAUGCCGUUAUAUCACACAUGCGCCCGGGAGUAAAAUGGAUUGAUAUGCACAAGCUUGCAGAGCAAAAAAUAUUGGAAUCUUUAGAGAAAAAAAACAUUAUCCAAGGUGAUAUUGGCGAUAUGAUGGCUCGAAGGCUGGGAGCUCUUUUCAUGCCUCAUGGUCUUGGGCACUUACUUGGAAUUGACACCCAUGAUGUCGGAGGCUACCCUGAAGGCUCAGAGAGGCCAAAGGAGCCAGGACUAAGCGCCUUGCGAACCAUUAGAGAACUUAAAGAAGGAAUGGUUAUUACUGUCGAGCCAGGCUGUUACUUCAUCGAUGCUUUGCUGGGGCCUGUUAGAGAUGACCCAAUUUCCUCAAAGUUCUUCAAGUGGGAAGUGAUUGAAAAUUAUAAAAGGUUUGGUGGUGUUCGUAUUGAGAGUAAUUUGUAUGUGACGGCCCAAGGAUGCAAGAACAUGACAAAUUGCCCACGAGAGACCUGGGAAAUCGAAGCGGUGAUGGCCGGCGCGCAUUGGCCUUUGCCCGCAUCGAGCUGCUUGGUGGUGACACCGGCGGAGGUUCCUCCGUCAACUCGGCGCAGCGCGGACGUGGCGGACCGCGUGGACGUGGCGGAUGCAGAGGAGGCCGGGGCUACAGCAGCCGUGGCCAUGGCCCCGGGCCAUGAGGCUCGGAAGUGCUGGCACCGCUACUCCGAGGAUGAAGAAGAAGAGGAGAAGGGCGCCAACGUUGCAUCAUACGGCGUGGACACCAACUGGUAUGGUGACACGGGCGCCACCGACCACAUCACCGGUGAGCUCAACAAGCUCACCAUGAAGGAGAAAUACACCGGCCGUGAGCAGAUUCAUGCGGCCAAUGGACAAGCCUUCACUCCAAUGCUGGUAGCCGCCUUCGUCAAGAAAUUCUCCUUCUACCAGAAUCUCUCCAAAACUGGGGUUAUCUGCAAAAUGGUCGGGGUCAUCCCCUUCAUCCGUUCGAGCAAGCAGCUCGCUGGCAGCAGCUGCGAGCUCGGCCGCGCCAAGAUCGCCGCCGCCGCCCCCUGGCGGCCAUAA